AUGGCGACCACGCCUACUGAGCAUCCUAGCACUACCAGCACUUUUCCGACUCGACAAAAGCCAAUACCAUACUCGUGCGACAAUGGCAGGCGCACCCAACUCUCCUCGAUCCUUCCGCCUCUAGUCUUUGGCACAGCGACCUUCAACAACCAGUACAACAACGAUCCUUUUGCUCUCGACACCACUGGCCUGGUGACAUCUGCGCUCACACAUGGUAUCCGCGCCUUCGACACAUCGCCUUACUACGGGCCCUCUGAGCAAUUACUCGGCGAUGCGCUUGCAACGCCCUUUGUGCGGGAGACGUUCCCUCGAGAUUCAUACAUGAUUCUGACAAAAGUUGGGCGCGUGGCAUCGUCCGAGUUCGACUACAGCAAAGAAUGGGUGCGACACAGUGUGAGCAGGAGUCUGGAGAGGCUUCACACAAACUACGUGGAUCUCGUCUACUGCCACGAUGUCGAAUUCGUUAGCCCAGCUGAGGUUCUCGAGGCAGUGAAGGAGCUACGAAGGAUCAGAGACGAGGAGGGCACAGUUCGGUACAUUGGGAUAUCAGGAUACCCAAUCCAUGUUCUGGGCGACAUGGCUGAGCUUAUCCUGCGCGAGACAGGCGAGCCGCUCGACGCAGUGCAGUCGUACGCCAACUUUACACUCCAGAACCAGACGCUUGCCGGGCCUCAGGGCAUCGAAGCGCCCUACGGCAACGCUGGUGUUGAUGUUGUCCCCCAACGCUUCCCAUCCUCGGAAUGGGUCUCCUACGCCGCGUUGGAUCUCCGCGCUGCGAUACGGCGAGCAAGCGACUUCUGCGAUGCUUACGGCGAGCGCAUUGAAGUGAUGGCUAUCCGAUUCGCGCUCGAGUCUUGGAUUAUCUGCCGGUACAUUGGGUGGGAUCGAGAGGCGACCCCCGCGUCUGGUGUGCCGUGGAAACACGAAUCAAUCAACGACGUUGGUGGCUCGAAACUCGGUGUUUCCGUCAUUGGUGUCUCGCGCGCUGAGGAGCUCGAGAAGACGAUGCUCGUGUGGCGCUCCAUCCUCGAUGGUCUUGAGGGCGGUGAAGCGACAGCUGUGCAAGCUGGGCGCUGGUAUCGCGCAUGGGAAUGGUCGCGGAACAGGAGGAAGGCAGUGCAAAUCUUGGCCGACGGCGUCCGGGAAGAGCUCGGCAUAUGGUUCGACUAUGCGUGGGACAGCCCUGGCGAAGGAUUCGUCAAUCAGAGGAAGAGGGACACCAGGAUACCAAAUAAUGGCGCUGCGCCGUGGCUCACACCAGCCGCCAGCCCAGCGUCUGUGCCUUCAAAGGGAACGGCGGACAUCACGGAGGAGAAGAUUUUGCCGCUGCGAUAA